AUGAAUGAGCAAAGGCUUCGAAAUGCAAUCUCCGAUGUGUCGAAUGAAAUAAACAAGUACAAGAAGGAAUUGGAAAGUAGCAAUGUUCUUGCCGAAAUUGAUGAAGUGAAGCAAGCAGAAUGCGAAUGCUGUGGGCUGAAGGAGGAGUGCACCGCAGGCUAUAUCAAUGAGGUUGAGGACUCUUUUUCAGGCGACUGGGUUUGCGGGCUUUGUUCAGAAGCUGUCAAAGAUAAAAUGAAAAAGGUAGCUCCAAAUGGUACGGCCAUGCAAGAAGCUGUGAGCUCUCACAGGGAUUUUUGCCAGAAGUACAACAGCACCAGGCUCAAUCCUAAGCUCUCUUUAACUUCUGCCAUGAGGGAGAUAGCGAGAAGAAGCUCUGAGAAUAGAGAUUCAAAGCACAACUUGCCAAUGUCCAAGCUUGGCCGAAGAAGCAGCUGCGGCCCAAGAAUUGAUUUCAAGCAAUAUAUGUAA